AUGGCCUGCUCAUUUCAUGUCUAAGGAGCGUCUCAACUGUGAGGGAUUAUUAGGAACCUGUUUGUAAAGAUUUGAGGCUGAAUUACUUUUCUAGCUUUGUUUGAUUAAGAUCCCAGCCAGUUUUGAGCCGGCACCCCCUGAAAACGUUACAAUAUACAUAAACAUUUAUAUAUACUAUAUACAAAUAUCUCGAUGUACUGUACCUUGAGGAGGAUUGGAGGCAAAGGAGGCACUGGGCUGGCACCCUGCAAUUUAAGGAAGUAAAUUAAAUACGCGGUGGAAGAAGCUGAUGCAGUGAUGAAAUCCUUCAAUCCAACUUGGUUUUUGGUAACAGUAAUGUCCCUCCUACUCCAGCCCCUGGUUUAUUCAGAAUCAGACGGAAUCGCAGUUCUUGGUCCAGAUCAGCCUGUCGCUGCUUUUGUCGGUGAAGAUAUCGUUUUGCCCUGUUACCUCUCGCCCAGCGUUAGUGCUGUGGGCCUAGAGGUCCGGUGGUUCACAGAUGACUUUCAUGACCCUGUUUGUCUCUACCUGAAUUCUGAAAAUAACAUAGAGGAUCAGAACCCGUCAUACAGGGGAAGAGCUGAGCUUUUCCAAGGAGAGCUGGACAGGGGCAACAUCUCGUUAAGACUGAGCAAGGUCCAGGUGUCUGAUGAAGGACUGUACAGGUGUCUGGCUAAAUCCAAAGACUGGUAUGAGGAAGUGCUUAUUGAGGUCACUGUAAAAGCUCUGGGGACCCAGCCCUCGGUGUCUCUCCAGUCCAGAGAAGGGGGUCAGUCCCAGCUGGUGUGCAGGUCAGAGGGGUGGUACCCCAGACCUGUGGUGACCUGGAUGGACAGGGAUGGACAGGAUUUGACGUCGCUGUCCAACAUCACGCUGGAGAGUAACAGGCAGGGGCUUCUCAGUGUCAGCAGCUUUAUCCCAGUCAAGCAAGAAUCUGGUGUCUUUUCUUGCAUCAUUAGGAGCUCAGCACGUGAAUCCAAUGGAGAAAGCCAGUUCUACAUGUCCAGGGAUUUUUUUCCAGAGGUCUCGAUGUGGAUGGUGGCAUUCUUCGUAAUUUCGGCCCCGGCAGCCCUAGCAUUUAUUCUGCUUAUUAUCCCUUGGAAAAUAAUGAAUGAAAAGGAACAUAGAUGUGAAAUUGCAGCUAUUCCCAGACUUCGUGAAGAACGCGAAUGGAAGUGGUUGUGCAGUGCCGCAGAUGACGUGACUCUUGACCCAGAGUCCGCUCACCGCAAUCUUGCCCUGUCCGAGGGGGGGAUGCGCGUGAGGGAGGCGGGAUGGAGGGACCUGCCCGACACCCCGCAGAGGUUUGGCGAGCGCUACUGCGUGCGGAGCAGGCAGGGCUUCUCCGCCGGGCGGCACUACUGGGAGGUGGAGGUGAACGAGAGGUGGACGAUAGGAGUGACCAGAGAGUCCGCCGAGAAGAAAGGAGAGUUUGGCUUCACUCCUCAGGAGGGCUACUGGGCUCUGGGGUGCUACUCGUCCAAAUUCAGGAUUUUCACUGACCCCCCCACCCCUCUGCCUCUAAGCCUCAAGUCCAGAAGGGUGGGGAUAUAUGUGGACGUGGAGGAGAAACAGGUCUCCUAUUACAACGCGGAAUCCAGGACUCACCUCUACACGUUUGGAGACAUGCACUUAAACGAACGGGAGAAGGUCUACCUGUUCUUUUGGACAACUGAUAACACCAGAGACAUAGCCAUUGUUUCUCCAGGGAGCAUACCAGAUUAAACAGGUUCCUAACUCUGAAGAUAAUAAUAAUAAUAAUAAUUAUUAUUAUUAUAAUUAUUGCUUACACUUUUCUGGACACUCCACUCAAAGAACUUUCCAGGUAAUGGGGAUCCCCUCCACCACCACCAGUGUGCAGCCCCACCUGGAUGAUGUGACGCCAGUCGUGGUGCACACAGUACUCUCACCUCACAUCAGCUAUCAGUGGGGAGGAGAACAAAGUGAUGAAGCCAGUUCAUAGAGGGGGAUUAUUAGGGGGCCAUG